AUGAACACCUCAGCCCCACCUGCUGUCAGCCCCAACAUCACUGUCCUGGCACCGGGAAAGGGUCCCUGGCAAGUGGCCUUCAUUGGGAUCACCACGGGCCUCCUGUCAUUGGCCACAGUGACAGGCAAUCUGUUGGUCCUCAUCUCCUUCAAGGUCAACACGGAACUCAAGACAGUCAAUAACUACUUUCUGCUGAGCCUGGCCUGCGCUGACCUCAUCAUCGGCACUUUCUCCAUGAACCUCUACACCACCUACCUGCUCAUGGGCCACUGGGCUCUGGGCACGCUGGCCUGUGACCUCUGGCUGGCCCUGGACUAUGUGGCCAGCAAUGCUUCCGUCAUGAAUCUGCUGCUCAUCAGCUUUGACCGUUACUUCUCUGUGACUCGGCCCCUGAGCUACCGUGCCAAGCGCACGCCUCGCCGGGCAGCCCUGAUGAUUGGCCUCGCCUGGCUGGUUUCUUUCGUCCUCUGGGCCCCAGCCAUUCUCUUCUGGCAGUACCUGGUAGGGGAGCGGACGGUGCUGGCUGGGCAGUGCUACAUCCAGUUCCUCUCCCAGCCCAUCAUCACCUUUGGCACAGCCAUGGCUGCCUUCUACCUCCCUGUCACCGUCAUGUGCACACUCUACUGGCGCAUCUACCGGGAGACGGAGAACCGGGCACGGGAGCUAGCUGCCCUGCAGGGCUCUGAGACGCCAGGCAAAGGGGGUGGCAGCAGCAGCAGCUCAGAGAGGUCCCAGCCAGGGGCUGAGGGCUCACCAGAGACUCCUCCGGGCCGCUGCUGUCGCUGUUGCAGGGCCCCCAGGCUGCUGCAGGCCUACAGCUGGAAGGAGGAAGAGGAAGAAGACGAAGGCUCCAUGGAGUCCCUCACCUCCUCGGAGGGUGAGGAGCCCGGCUCCGAAGUGGUGAUCAAGAUGCCCAUGGUGGACCCCGAUGCACAGGCCCCCACCAAGCAGCCCCCCCGGAGUUCCCCCAAUACAGUAAAGAGGCCAACCCGAAAAGGGCGUGAUCGAGCUGGCAAGAGCCAGAAGCCCCGCGGGAAGGAGCAGCUGGCCAAGCGGAAGACCUUCUCGCUGGUCAAGGAAAAGAAGGCGGCUCGGACCCUGAGUGCCAUCCUGCUGGCCUUCAUCCUCACCUGGACACCGUACAACAUCAUGGUGCUGGUGUCCACCUUCUGCAAGGACUGUGUUCCCGAGACCCUGUGGGAGCUGGGCUACUGGCUCUGCUACGUCAACAGCACCAUCAACCCCAUGUGCUAUGCGCUCUGCAACAAAGCCUUCCGGGACACCUUCCGCCUGCUGCUGCUCUGCCGCUGGGACAAGCGACGCUGGCGCAAGAUCCCCAAGCGCCCUGGCUCUGUGCACCGCACCCCCUCCCACCAAUGCUGA